UCUUCCUGGAUGGCAUCAGGUGUUCUGUAGAGAAACUUUACAAUCUGGGGAAGUGAAUGCCUUGCCUAGCUACUGAAAAGAACUUCCAUCACUUUUCUCGCCACUUCUGGAUCUCUGGCCUUUGAACUUUUACCUGUGGAAUUUUUAAAAUACAUACAUUCCCUGGAUACAAUUACAAUUACAAGUUUUUUUAUUUAAAUCUCUCAAUCACAAAUGAAUCCUAUUCCUAUCCAUUUUCCAUUUAGGAAGACUGAAGAUUUCCACUACUGCUGACAUGCAAAGUCAAAGACAGUAGCAAAAGUGCAAAAGAAUUCAAUGAUCUUUAGAGCCUGGUCACGAAAAACAGCAACCCACAACUAUGCAGUCAAAGUAAUCUGUGCGAAUUUUCAAUCCAUAGACCCUAUAGCAUCGGCAGUUUCUCAGAAGCAUGUUUUGGACACGUGGCAUGCUGACUGCUAGCUGAACCAUGAAAUAUGGCCCCCACCACACCUUCAUGCCACAUGGACUAUGACCCACUUACAAUAUAUAUAUGAGUUUGUUCCUGUGAAGAAAAUAUGCACUACUCGUUUAAAUAUCUGUUCAUUGCAUCCAACCUAUUUGGGUUCAUUUACAUCUUUCAAUUAUAUCAACUACAAUCUCCUGAUUCUAAAACAAGCUAUGUUACCAACGUUGUUACCGGCUCCUUCAUAGCAUUAGAGGAUAACAAAACCUUCAUCAUCUCUCCUUAUUAUGAUCCCAGAGGAGACAGCUUAAUAAGAAUACUCGCCAUAGUCCAUAAAACAGUGAAGAACCUCUACUGCUUGUUCCAUUGUAAGCAAAAUGGUUAUGUAAAUGUUAAAGCAAAAAUUGAUAUUGUUAAGGAUCAAUUUGGAUUUCCAUAUGAAACCGCUCAUCUCUUAUGUGGAAACCCAUCUGAAUGUGAUUAUGUCUACAUGUCUGUCCAUACAAACAGCUCAAAAGACGUAAGGCAAAUUCCAAUGUUUAGAAUUCAAAAAGAUCCUAUAAGGGCAUUUUCUGCCAAUUUUAGUGUUUGUAUCUCUGCCUUUUAUGGACAGUAUAAUAAUGUUUUGCAGACGAUUCAGGCUAUUGAAAUGUAUAAAUUACUAGGAGCUUCUAAAAUUAUCAUCUACAACAACAGCUGCCAUGACAAUGUAGACAAAGUUUUAAGACAUUACAUCCAAGAAGGUGAUGUAGAUGUAAUACCCUGGCCAAUAGACACCUAUCUGAGAACUUCGAGAAAAUGGAAAUACGUUGAAGGACUUGACAGUGAUAUUGGCUACUAUGGACAAAUUGCAUCUUUAAAUGACUGCAUAUACAGAAAUAUGUAUAAAAGCAAUUUUAUUCUCUUAAAUGACAUUGAUGAGAUUAUUCUUCCUGUAAAAUAUGGGGAUUGGUCAUCUUUAAUGGAGAGUCUCCAGAAAAAACACCCAGAAGCAAGCGUCUUUCGUUUUGAAAAUCAUGCUUUUCCAUCAUCGGUCGAAGCAACUGGAUCCAAUCGAUGGAAUCAUGUUCCUGGGAUUAAUAUUCUUCAAUAUCCAUAUAGAGAACCUAGUGAUAGAAAUUCUGUCAAACCACGAAAAAUGAUUAUGAAUCCACGGAAAGUUAUUCAGACAUCAGUCCACCACAUUUUAAAGGCUGAAGGAUAUUCUACAGACGUUUCGAGUCAAGAUGCCAUUCUAUUUCACUGUAAGCAUAAAAGAAACAAGAAGAUUCCAGAUAAGGACUUGAUCAAGGAUGACAUUGUUUUGAAAUACAGUCCGUACUUAGAGCCUAAUGUUGAUAAGGUUGUUCAGAAACUUUUCCCACAGCCCUAGCUCAGAUGCACAGGCUCGAGCGAACAGCAUGACAAAGCACUAGGGUUGUUUCACUGGCUGCUCUCACCAUUUACAAACUGGGCUUUAUUAAUGGCAAAAGAAUUUCAUGUAUUGUCCCACCAGCCAUUAUAUAACUAGUUUCAUGUUUUGACCUGUAGUCAAAAAAACUAUUUUUGGCCAAGUCAGAAAGAAGGAUGCGUUAAUUAUUCUACAUGUCCCUUUUUUUUCCUUUACUUUAUGUAAAGUGGGUUGUAUUAGAAGUUUAAUAGUCCUUCAAAAAUAAAAACUAAACUUGUUAGAUACAGAGAAUUUACAGCAAUUGUGUUUAUAGCUUAUUGUACUAUUAUUCUUCACAUUCCUCAAAUUGGUGUGUCUGUUGCU